AUGGAGACUCUGAGGGUCCUGCAGCGGUAGAAGCUGUUCCAGUCAGGAACCCACACCUACAGGAUCCCGACGCUGCUCUACCUGCAGGGCCAGAGCACCCUGCUGGCCUUCGCAGAAAAGUGGAGGAGCCGGCAGGACGAGCAGGCAGACGUGAUCGUCCUGCGCAGGGGAGCCUAUGAUGCAGCCAGCCACCGGGUCCAGUGGCAGGCUCAGGUGGUGGUGGCUGAAGCCCGGCUGGAGGGCUACCGCUCCAUGAACCCGUGUCCUUUGUACGAUGAGCAGACGGGGACCCUCUUCCUCUUCUUCAUAGCUGUGCUGGGGCAGGUGUCCGAGGGCCAACAGCUCCGGACCGGGGUCAACGUGACCCGUCUGUGCCAUGUCAUCAGCAAGGACUCUGGGAUGACCUGGGGCUCCGCCAAGGACCUCACCGACGAGGCCAUUGGCCCAGCCCACGGGGAAUGGGCCACUUUUGCUGUGGGCCCAGGGCACUGCCUGCAGCUGCACAAUGGGACACGGGGCCUGGUGGUGCCUGCCUACACCUACCGCUGCCAGGUGAGCGUGGUCAGCUUCCAGGGCCCCGGGCAGGACCCAGGGGCCUUGGGCACGUGGCUGCUGUACACCCACCCCACGGAUCCCCACCACAGGUCCAACCUGGGUGCCUACCUCAACUCACGGCCCCUGGAUCCCGAGGGCUGGUCUAGCCCGGCUCUGCUGGCCAAGGGCAGCUGUGGCUACUCGGACCUGCAGAGCAUGGGGCCUGGCCCCGACGGCUCCCCUCAGUUCGGCUGCCUGUAAGAGGCGAAAAGCUAUGGAGAGAUGGUCUUCCUCAUGUUCACCCUGAAGCAGGUCUUCCCCGCCUCGGUCUGGGCCCCAUGA